AUGAGUUCAGCAGAUUUUGAUGCCAUGACUUCUGAAGACCAAAACGCCAUCACAAUGGGUAGGGGAGAGGAAUCCAUGUCUCCCGAGUCUUCACUAUCGGCGACUCAUGCUUCACCUACAAAUUCACAGAAAGUCUCGAGUAGAACACCAACCUCUUGGGAUGCCGAAGAUGACAUUCUACUAAUGCACCUAAAGGACCGUCAGAAACUAGGAUGGAAAGCUAUUGCCAGCCAUUUCACAAAUAGAACCCCAAAUGCCUGUCAAUUUAGAUGGAGGAGGUUAAAGUCCGGGAAUUUAAAGAAUCCACCAAAGUCAGCCGCAGCUUUGGGCGACCAGUUCAAACAAAAUCCAACAAUGUCUAGCUCGUCACUGAAGAAAAAGGCUCCAUCAGCAGCCCAUUCGUCAGCCAAAACUGAAACAACAGACUCUGAAUUUCCGUAUGAAGCAACACCAACAGGAGGGUUUCAAGGCUUUGAUAACAGUAUUUCAUCCGCAUUGGCUGGACUCAAUGCAUUAUCAAAUUCGCCGUCGUAUAUCUCCAGUCCUGUCCCGGUAACAACUCCAAAAAUUCUGGCGGCGUCGCCAGAUCAUUAUGCUUCUGGACGAGCAAAUCUGAUUUCCAGUCUUGGUCACAAAUAUGAAGGCUCCCCAGAAUCGGAAAAUCCUUUGGAAGCUCUGAGCCGAACUGGGAUUGUGAUACCUGGUACUAAUGGCUCCGGUGGUUAUUAUGCAGACGUGUCAGUUGAUCCCACCAUGAACUUACCUCACAAUAGGACACACCCUGAAACCUCAUCCUCACUCACGCCAAGAAACUCUACAUCUAAUGCAAGUACACGUAACAGAGAUAGUACAAGUUUGCACCCUCGAGAUCACAACUCAGGGUCAAUUUCUGUGGCAGCAGCUGCUUUGCGCAACAACUCCAUCAUCCAAUUCACUAACGACGAAAGAGCGUCAAUCCUGUCUAUAGCGAGGGCAUCAAUUUCAUCAUUACCCUCAAAGUCAAUGAACAUCCCCCAUCAUCAACUGGGAGCUACAUCUUUGGCGCAUCUCCCGGUUCUCUUUGGCGGGGCGGGAAGUAUAAGUGGGCCGUCAAGGAAUUCGAGUAUUAGUGGUGCAGCUGGAGUCCAUCAGACCACUGUUUCCAGCUUGAGGAAUGGUUCAUUAGCAGGUCCCAGUCUGGGCUAUUAUUCUAGAUCUGGGUCAGUUGUGAUUCCACACAACACAGAGAAGCCAGAUGAACCCUUGAAAGUAAACAAGGAGUUGGUUGAAUCAAAUAACAAAAAAGUGCAGAAAUUGAAAAAGAAUUUGUCAUCAUCAUCUGGCCAAACGAAAAAGAAGUCAAAGAAAACCAAGUUGGAUCUCCCUUGGACGAUGGAAGAAGACGAACUUUUGAUCAACAGGCGUAAUCGUGAAUUGUCUUUUGCUGAAUUGUCCAUCCUACUACCCCAGAGAACAGAGGGUGAGAUUUGGGCGCGUAUAGAUUAUUUGGAAAAGUUGAGAAACGGAAAUGACGCGUCUACUGGUGGAAGGGAGAGAAGGGGAAAUAGACAAUCGUCCAUCGGAUUAGACGAUGUUCACGACUUGUAUGGUGAUGAUGAUGAUGACGAAGAUGAUGUCAUAGGGGGUAUUGGGAUCGGAGUCAGCGAUGAUGAUGAUGAUGACGACGACGACAAUCCAUUAAUUGAUGACGACGACGAGGAUCACAGUCUUGGGAAUAUCAGGAGAACUAAACGAAGAGCAAGCUCUGCCAUCAAUCCCUUAGCCAAGCGUCCUCUUCGAAGGUAA